AUGCCAAUUGGAACAUUAGGCAAUACACUUUAUGAGAGAAGAUACAUGAUGCACUUGGGAGUUUCAUUACUAGUCAUAUCAGAAGUAACUGAUCUGAGAGACUGUACCGAUGUCGACCCUACAUGCGGUUCAAAAGUCUACAGAAUUACCCCGAUUCCUGGAGAAAGUUUUGACAUAUUCUGUUACAGGGACACCGAACAGAGACAUUGGAAUCUGAUACACAACCGGCAAAGUAGUGCUGUCGACUUCUUCAGGAAGUGGACCGAAUACAAAACCGGAUUCGGUGAUCUUACCGGAAAUUUUUGGCUAGGGAAUGUUAAGAUUUAUUCACUGGUCAAGUUAGCGCCGUACAGACUUCGGAUUGAGUUGGAAGCUUGGGAUGGCACUGUUGGCAUAGCCGAGUAUUCCGACUUUCAGAUCGGUAGUGAGGCAGAUAAUUAUCAACUGUAUGUCACGGGUUUCUCCGGCAACAUAAGUGAUGCGAUGUAUAAGGAGAACGGCAAAAUGUUCACAACAAAGGACCGCGAUCAUGACCAACUUAGCAACAACUGUGCUAUUCGACGACAUGGAAAUGACAAAAUUUAUUCACUAGUCAACUUUUCGUCGUACAGACUUCGAAUUGAGUUGGAAGCUUGGGAUGGCUCUGUUGGCAUAGCCGAGUAUUCCGACUUCAAGAUCGGUAGUGAGGCAGAAAAUUAUCAACUUCGUGUCAAGGCUUUCUCCGGCAACAUAACCGAUGGGGUGAGACCGCAAAACGGCGAACUGUUUGCAACAAAGGACCGGGAUAAUGACGGUUUUGAAGGCGUCAACUGUGCCGUUCGACGACAUGGUGCGUGGUGGUACAGGAGGUGUUCAUUGGCGAAUCUUAACGGAAGGUACAUGAUCGACACUGGAGACACCAAUGAAUCUAUGGCUUGGAGAUAUUUCUUUAAAAACAGACAACAUGUACCGAUGAAGAAAGCUCGUAUGAUGCUUCUGAGAAUAUAG